UGUCGGUGGCUUCGCGCGCGAGCCACUCUACCUUCGACCGCACUAACUUUUACUGUCUCUCGUUGGUGCGCCCACCCGACACCUACGAUCGACGAUUUUCACGUUACCUUCCAACGAGACACUCGAGUUUAUUGUUUUGUUAUGCGGCGAUUCGACGUGGAUCCGCUGCUCCCGUGUUUUUGCUUCUCUUUGCAAUUUGUUUGAGUGCCGUUGCGGUUGACUGUUCCAGUGGACUUUGUUUUUUUUUUUUUUUUUCCUUCUCCAAAGUCAUGGAGCCGGGGGCGAGCGCAUCGUCAUCGGCAGCUACGUUACCGGCGACCUCGAUGGAGCUGAAGACCCGGAGGGCCCAAUUCCAGCCCCAAGCCUCGACGGUCGCGACCCGCCGGAGCCAGGCCGUCUGCGUGCGCCGGGCGUACAAAAAGUACGGGAACAAGAGCAAUCCCAACGUCAUCCUCGACGGCCUCAACAUGACCGUACCCAAGGGUGCAAUCUACGGACUGUUGGGGGCGAGCGGCUGUGGCAAGACGACGCUGCUGUCGUGCAUAGUGGGCCGUCGGAGACUGAACUCUGGGGAGAUUUGGGUGCUCGGCGGGAGACCGGGCUCGAAAGGCUCCGGAGUCCCGGGGCCGCGGGUCGGCUACAUGCCCCAGGAGAUCGCGCUGUACGGCGAGUUCUCGAUCCGCGAGACUUUUAUAUUCUUCGGCUGGUGCGCCGGCAUGGAGACCGAGCGGGUAAAGGAGAAACUCGAGUUUUUGAUCAAGUUCCUGCAACUCCCCUCGGAGAACCGUUUCGUGAAGAACCUGUCGGGCGGGCAGCAGCGCCGAGUCUCCCUGGCGGCGUCCCUCCUGGCCGAGCCGGAGCUCCUGAUCCUGGACGAGCCAACGGUGGGCGUUGACCCGGUCCUGCGCCAAAGCAUCUGGGACCACUUGGUCCACAUAACCAAGGACCGCAAGACCACCAUCAUCAUAACGACCCAUUACAUCGAGGAGACCCGCCAAGCCGACAUAAUCGGCCUGAUGCGUGGAGGCCGCUUCCUCGCGGAGGAAUCCCCGAGGAAGCUCAUGGAGAUCCACCGGCUCGACACCCUCGAGGAGGUCUUUUUGAAACUCAGCCGCAGACAGAACAUGGGACUCAGGAGGCGCAGCAGCAUACUCAGCAGCGUGAUCGGUGUACCACCCGAGCCCGACGCCGACGACGAGAUGAGCGGGGAGUUUGGGGACAACGUGAGCAUAUCUAGUCGAAGGAAGAGCAUCGUCGCGGUCACGACGACCGACGACGAGCUCAGCGAUCUUCCACCGGAGGAGGAAGGGUCGAGCAAGUUCCAGAUGCUCAACCCCAAGCACAUGAAAGCCCUCAUUUGGAAGAACUUUCUCUGGAUGUGGCGGAACGUUGGCAUCAUGCUCUUCAUAAUCGGACUGCCGGUGGUCCAGAUAAUCUUGUUUUGCCUGUCGAUCGGCAAGGACCCGAUGGGCUUGCGACUGGCGAUCGUCAACAACGAGCUGAACUCGAGCGCCGAGCCGUGCGCGCCGAGCGUGGGUUGCGACAUGCGGAUGCUGAGCUGCCGUUACCUUAAACACCUCGAGAAGCGCACCGUCGUUUAUCUGCCCUACGACACGGACGAGGAGGCAAGACACGCGGUCACCAAGGGCUGGGCCUGGGGUGCCAUCACGUUCCCGAGUAACUACUCGAGCGCCCUCAACCAGAGGAUCGAGGAGGGAAAGGACGCGGACGAGUUUAGCGUCGACUACGCCGACAUGAGCGUCGUCAUGGACAUGUCCAAUCAGCAGAUCGGCCAGCUGCUCCAGCGCGACCUGUACUACUCGUUCCGGGACUUUGCCAGGGACAUCACGACUUCGUGCAACUACAGCGAGAAGGUGGCCGACAUCCCUGUUUCGUUUCGGGAGCCGAUUUACGGACCACUGGAGCCCAACUUUACCGAUUUCGCCGCCCCCGGGGUCAUAUUGACGAUCAUCUUUUUCCUGUCCGUCGCGCUGACGUCUGGUGCCAUGCUGCUUGAGAGAAACGAAGGUCUGCUCGAGAGGAGUUUGGUCGGCGGUGUCACCGGUACCGAGAUCCUCUUUGGCCAAGUGGUCACCCAGUACUGCGUCAUGACGGGCCAAACAUUGAUGGUCCUCGUGGUGGCUUUCGGCGUGUUCGACGUCACGUGCGAGGGAAACGUCGUCUGGGUCUUUAUCCUCACGAUGCUCACCGGACUCUGCGGCAUGUGUUUCGGUUUCGUGGUGGCGUGCUCGUGCGACAACGAGCGCAGCGCGACUUACAUGGCGAUGGGCUCAUUUUUGCCGAUCGUCAUGCUGUGCGGGAUCAUCUGGCCGAUCGAGGGUAUGCACCCGGUGCUGAGGUACAUAAGCUUCCUGCUGCCGCUGACCAAGAGCACAGAGUCCUUCCGAGCCAUGCUCGCUCGUGGCUGGACCAUGGAGGAGUCCGUUGUCCACGACGGCUUCAUCGCCACUUUCAUCUGGAUCAUGGUCUUCCUCACGAUCGCCAUACUACUCCUCAAGUUCAAGAAAGGCUGAGCGGACUGUUUAUAUUUUUUUUUUUUUUUUUUUUUUUUUUCAGAGG